AUGGCAGAUAAAUCUACCCCACUCACUUCAAACGCGGCAUUUUUGGCUAAGUACAUGUCACUGAAUCAGCCCAAAGACAAGAUCCAGGUCACUUACGUAUACCUACACCCGGGCAACGACGGUCUUGGUCAUUUUUGCGGCAAAACACGCGUGGUAUCAGAGGUGCCAAAACAGGCCUCAGAUCUACCCAUUUGGGACAGUGGCGUACCCACCGACUCGUGUACCGAGAUACUUUUACGACCCGUACAGCUAUACGACGACCCGUUCCGUAGGGGCGACAAUAAGCUGGUGCUGUGCGACACACUGUCGGCCGAUAUGAAGCCCCUGCCCAGCAAUCAUAGGGCCAGUUGUGUGGAGGCCAUGGAGGCGGCAAAGCUGGAGCACCCGUGGUUUGGUCUCGAACAGGAGUAUAUGAUGAUGGAUGGGUACGAUAGGAAGUGGCCGUUGGGUUGGCCCAAAAACGGUUACCCCGAGGAUAUUCAUCUGCCGCACGUGAUCUACCACUCGGCUGUGGGCACCGGCAAUAAUGUGGGUAGAGAUGUGAUGGAGGCUCACUUCAGGGCCUGUCUGUACGCUGGGGUUAAUAUAUGCGGCGAGAAUGCGGAGGCUAUGCUGGCUCAGUGGGAGUACCAGGUGGGUCCGUGUGAGGGAAUCCGUAUUGGCGACGACGUAAUGAUGUCGCGGUAUAUACUGUUAAGAGUGGCCGAAGAGCUACAGAUCGGCAUAUCGUUUGAUCCGCGACCCAUACCGGGCUGGUUGGGCGCCGGCGCUCACAUGAACUUCAGUACC